AUGCCGCGAAGCGACGCGUCGAGUGCCUCGCGAUGGAACAGCGAGCUGCGCGCCAUGGUCUCGGCCGCACUACGCGACCUGGGAUACUUUAGCAAGCACGAGCAUGACUACGUGUCAAACAGCAAGCUCAAGAGGCGCGUGGAGCUUCUGUGGCAGAGCAACCAGCACAUUGAAUCCGUCCGCAUACUGUCGUGUGGCGAAUACCAGCCCUUUGUCGUCACGCGCGAAGCAAUGGCGCAAAUCUCGGCCCAACAGCACCGAGCCAUCACCACGCCGUCAGCCGCCGCCAGGGUCCCGACGCCGCCCAGCAGCAGCGAGUGCCCGGAGCAAAUCGAAAACGAAUCCUACCACAAGUUCCUAGAGCUGCCCUCGAUCGAGGAGCUCCUCCUCGACGACGCGGAACCGGCGCAAUCGGACCCCAAGCUGCCCAUCCAGGUGCCCUUUAUCGUCCAGUACCAUGUCUGCCUGGCCGUGCAGAGCACCAUGGAGGCAGUCUGCUUCGCGUAUAUACAGAAGCACCUGCCGAACGCGCUCAAGGAGCGGCGGUGGGACUGCCCCGAGUCGGCCACGCUGCCGAACUGGCUGAACACUCUCAGCCGCUACCCGGAUGACCUGCGACUGCCGGCCGGCCUCGUGAGCGGUGACGCCAGCACGCGGGCCACGCUCGCGCUGCACGAGGCCGCCCUCGUGCGCCGCCACAUGCCGUACGAGAGCCUGCGCGAGGGCAUCCGCGCCGCGCUCGCCGUCGUACAGGCGCUCGGCGGGCCCGACGCGCUGCCGGCCGCGCGCGCGUACGUGCAGAACCUGUGCAACGUCGCGCGCCAGCUGCGCGAGCAGAUGCGCGAGCUCGAGGCCGUCGCCGCCUCCCACCGCGAGCGCCUGCACGGUGCCAUGGCCGAGAUCCAGGCCAAGCGCGCCGCGCUCGACAAGGACGAGGCCGAAGCGCGCAAAAAUGCGAGAAAGGCCAUGGCCGAGUACGAGGCCAAGUGGGACGCCGAGUACAAGGCGGCGUUUGCUGCGCAAGAGACAUUUUGA